AUGUAUGUUUAUAAGAGAGAUGGCCACAAGGAGCCAGUCCGUUUCGAUAAGAUCACUGCCAGAGUGCAAAGAUUAUGUUAUGGUUUAGAUACCGAUCAUGUCGACGCUGUUGCCAUCACACAAAGAGUUAUUUCCGGUGUUUAUCAAGGUGUCAACACCAUUGAAUUGGACAACUUAGCUGCUGAAACUGCUGCUUACAUGACCACAAUCCAUCCAGAUUACGCUAUUUUAGCUGCUAGAAUUGCUGUUUCCAACUUACACAAGCAGACUACAAAGCAAUAUUCUCAAGUGUCUAAGGAGUUAUACGAAUAUAUCAACCCAAAGACCGGUUCCCACGCUCCUAUGAUCUCUGAUGAAGUUUAUGCAAUUAUCCAAAAGCACGCUGACGAGUUGAACUCGGCAAUUGUUUUUGACCGUGAUUUCAACUACAACUACUUCGGCUUUAAGACCUUGGAGAGAUCUUACUUGUUAAGAAUCAACGGAAAGGUAGCUGAAAGACCUCAACAUAUGAUUAUGAGAGUCGCCUUGGGUAUACACGGUGAUGACAUCGAAAGAGUCAUUGAGACCUAUAACAUGAUGUCUCAAAGAUUCUUCACCCAUGGCUCUCCUACUUUAUUUAACGCCGGUACCCCUAACCCUCAGAUGUCCUCAUGUUUCCUCGUGGCCAUGAAGGAAGAUUCCAUCGAUGGUAUCUAUGACACUUUAAAGACCUGUGCCUUGAUUUCUAAGAGUGCUGGUGGUAUUGGAUUACAUAUCCAUAACAUCAGAUCUACCGGUGCUUACAUUGCUGGUACUAACGGUACCUCCAACGGUAUCAUUCCAAUGGUUAGAGUCUUUAACAACACUGCUAGAUACGUAGACCAAGGUGGUAAUAAGAGACCUGGUGCCUUUGCCUUAUACUUGGAACCAUGGCACGCGGAUAUCUUCGACUUCAUUGAUAUCAGAAAGAACCACGGUAAGGAAGAAAUCAGAGCUAGAGAUUUAUUCCCUGCAUUGUGGAUCCCAGAUUUAUUCAUGGAAAGAGUUGAACAAAAUGGUGAAUGGACCUUAUUCUCUCCUAACGAAGCUCCUGGUUUACCAGAAGUUUACGGUGACGAAUUUAAGCAAUUAUAUGAAAAGUAUGAGCGUGAAGGUAAGGGUAGAAAGACCAUCAAGGCACAAAAAUUGUGGUACGCCAUCUUGGAAGCACAAACUGAAACUGGUACUCCAUUUAUGUUAUAUAAGGAUGCCUGUAACUUAAAGACCAACCAACAGAACUUGGGUACCAUCAAGUCUUCCAACUUAUGUUGUGAAAUUGUUGAAUACUCUGCACCAGAUGAAGUUGCUGUUUGUAACUUAGCUUCCAUUGCAUUACCAUCAUUCGUUGAAAAGGAUGGUGAUAGUUCAUGGUACAACUUCGAAAGAUUACAUGAAGUUUCAAAGAUUGUUACUAGAAAUUUGAAUAGAAUUAUUGACCGUAACUAUUACCCAGUUCCAGAAGCUGAAAACUCAAAUAAGAGAAAUAGACCAAUUGCCUUGGGUGUUCAAGGUUUAGCUGAUGCAUUCAUGGCAUUAAGAUUGCCAUUCGACUCACCAGAAGCCAAGGAAUUAAAUAUUCAAUUAUUCGAAACCAUUUAUCAUGGUGCUGUUGAAGCGUCCAUUGAAUUGGCUCAAACUGAAGGUCCUUAUGUGACCUAUGAAGGUUCCCCAGCUUCCAAGGGUUUAUUACAAUUUGAUUUAUGGAAUAGAAAGCCAACCGAAUUAUGGGAUUGGGAUUCAUUAAAGGCUAAGUUAGCAAAGCAUGGUUUAAGAAACUCAUUAUUGGUUGCUCCAAUGCCAACUGCUUCUACUUCACAAAUUUUAGGAAACAACGAGUGUUUCGAACCUUACACCUCAAAUAUUUAUUCAAGAAGAGUCUUAGCAGGUGAAUUCCAAAUUGUUAACCCAUAUUUAUUAAGAGAUUUGGUUGACUUGGGUCUUUGGAACGAUAACAUGAAGAACAACAUUAUUUCUAACAAUGGUUCAGUUCAAGGAUUAGCCAAUGUUCCGGAUGAAAUCAAAGCCUUAUACAAAACUGUUUGGGAAAUCUCUCAAAAACAUAUUAUUGAUAUGGCUGCAGACAGAGCAGCAUUUAUUGAUCAAUCUCAAUCAUUAAAUAUUCACAUCAAGGAUCCAACUAUGGGUAAGUUGACCUCUAUGCAUUUCUAUGGAUGGAAGAAGGGUUUAAAGACUGGUAUGUACUAUUUGAGAACACAAGCAGCAGCUGCCGCUAUUCAAUUUACUGUUGAUCAAGAUUCUGUUAAAGCCGCAGGUAAUACCAUUGCAUCAUUAAAUAAAUUAAAACAAAGAAAAUACAUUGCCAGAAAUUCCGCUACAACUACAAGUGAUACUGAUUCUGCCAGAUCUCCAUCCACCGAACCAACUUCAAUCGAAAACUCAGUUGCUGACUUAAAGAUUGAAGAUAAGUCUAUUGAUGAUAUAGUAGAAGUCAAGGAAGAAGACACUGCUGCUACUUCAGGGGAAGCUACUGAAGAGUCUGAAGCAGAUAUUUUCAGUUCUAAAGUAAUUGCUUGUGCAAUUGACAACCCUGAAUCAUGUACUAUGUGUUCAGGUUAG